AUGACAUCAGUCCCCCGUGCCAGCGGCGAGCGUACAAGCACUGUAAACCACGAGUUUCGAAGAAUCGUUGGGAGGCUUGGUGGACGAACCUUGACAAAAUCUCGCCAUCCUAGGAUCCGCUGCGUAACUCUGCCAACCCAGAUUCGCUCGCCUAUUAGGACUAACCCCUAUCUCUGCACUUUUAUUCACCCCUCAGGCUCUAGCUCUCGCCACCUAGUCCGCCUACCCCGGCCCUCUGCCUGCCACGCGAUAGAGGUGGCACAGUGUGCAAGGCGACCCGAACUUCUAACCAAGCCUGUAACCAAAACAGGAGGAUCCUACAGCACCGUUCUAGUUCUAAUUUUCAUGCUGGUGGAUAUGCCCAGGGCUUCCAACGGGCCGUACUACAGUCCGUACAAAGUGAACCGUAACGGUCACGUGUUCAGUACGAACGUACUGAGUUUUUACGAUACGUACACCUACCUCUCCUCCUCCCUGUCGCCUCAAAAUCGCCCAAUCGUACAGUACUACGCCUCGUUGGAAGCCCUGGAUAUGCCAGGAAUCCUCAAGUCAUCUAUAGCUGAUAUAAUCGUUAAAUACGGCAUGAACGGCUGUUCUCAAUGGUUCUAG